AUGUCGUUCAAGAGAGAGGGGGACGAUGGGAGCCAACUGAAUGUACUGAGGAAGCGGAGGGUGGCCGACCUGCUGGCCAGCUUCAUCCCCCGAGGACGAGGCCCUGCUGCUGAGGAAUGGAAGGUAUGCCUGCACCGUGUGCCACCACAGACCCGUCUUCGACACGGUAGAUAUGCUCUCCAUCCAUCGCAAUGGGAAGAAACACAUUGCCUGCCUGCAGAGGUUCUACGGAAAGAAGACGGAACUCAGGAACGAGGUGCAGAAACGCCAGCACCGGGAGUACGUCCGCGCAGAGGAGGCGGGAGAGCAGCUACCCAAGGGCCCGGCACCCCGCUUCUCGCUCAGACCAGGCGGAUCACCCAUCAUGCUUUGCUGAAGUCGGGCCCCCUACAACAGCUGCUGCUCACAACGCAAAAAGGUAACAAGAUGACAUCCCAUGUGCAAGUAUAUAUAUGUAUGUGUGUGUAUAUAUAUGUUGUAUGUAUGUGUGUAUAUAUAUGUGUGUAUGUAUGUGUGUGUGUAUAUGUAUGUGUGUGUGUGUGA